UUAAAUACAUGCAUAUGAUUAUAAAGUACAUGGAUUUUGCUUUGAUAUAGCAGUAAUUAAACUUGAUUGUUAGUAGAGUUAGUAAUUGAUAACUCUUGGCAUUCUUGUAGCCAUAUAUUGAUUUCAUUUCUCUACGUGUUUUUUUGAGGGUGGCUGGAGAGGGACUAUUUUAUGAACUAUCAUAACAAUAGGAUCUAUUAGGGUCUAUCCUAUUUGUUCUUUAACCUCUAUAAGGCCCAAUGCGUUUGAGGCUCUCCUUGUUGGUACGGAGGUCAUAGAAUAUAGUGGGAAAAUAUUUAUUUAGCUGUUGAGUCUUGUUUGUAUUUCUGUCAGUGUACUUAAUCUGUAUCUAUAUUGUUGUUUGUUUAAAAGUCCUGUAUCCAUAUAUCUGUAUUUCUCCUGUCACAUUUCUACUUUUUAUUAAUUUCUUUAAAAGCAGACUGUGUUGUUCUCUAUAUUGUUUCUGUGUUUGUCCUUUUACUUAUACUGUACAUAUAUUUCUUUCUUUUACUAAUUUACAUUUUUUACUAUUUUACUUUGGCACAACAGCACACAUGUAUAACAUAUGUUGAUAUUUAUGACUAUUGAAUUUGAAUAGUUUAUAAUUGAGUAACUAAUGAGUAAAUUUUGAUCUAGAUCGAUACAUUUGUUUGACAAUUCUCAUUACAUUCUGUCAUUACAUUAUAACCAUUGAUUGAAAUUUUUUAUUAUUGUAUAAUACACACAUGUAAAAUAAUUGACACACACUGUAUUAAUAAGCAUAACACAGUACAUUCUUCCUCACUUAAUUAACUAAUUAUUUUGAGCACACAAAGCAUUAAACAUGUCUUCCUAUGACAAAAUUUUAGAACUAGUGAAAGUCAUGGAACUAGAAGGGGAUGAGAAAAAGGAAUUUAUCAAAAAAGAAUUAGAAAAGGCUGAAAAGAGAGAAAGGGAGGAAAGAGAUAGGGCUGAUAAAGAAAAAGAGAGAAUAGAAAAGGAUAAAGAUAGGGAAGAAAGAGCUGCUGAAAGAGCUCAUCAAAAAGAAUUAAAAGAACUAGAAACUAAACAAAGAGAAAGCCAGGACAAAGUAGAGUUAGCCAAACUAGAAGCUGCCAAAACAAAUCCCAACAUUAUAACCCAACAGUCUACAACAAAGCCAUUCAUCUCUAAAUUCCAUAAAUACAAUUCAAAAGAUGAAACACUUGAAAACUAUUUAGUCCAAUUUGAGCAUAUUGCCUCAACUUAUAAUCUUAACAAUGAGGACAUGGCCAAACACCUACUAGCAAACUUGUCGGGAGAACCCCUCAACAUCAUUUCCACUUUAACUGUAGACCAAAAGAAAGACUAUGCGGCAGUAAAGACUAGAUUACUAGAGCACUUCGGGAAAAAUUCAGACUUCUAUCGUAAGCUGUUCAGGGACACUAAAUUGAAAAAAAAUGGGGACUUUAGUAGAAUAAUAUUCGACAUGAGGACUAAUAUGAUAAAAUGGUUAGAGCUAGCAAAAUGUGACAUCAAGGACCCGACACAAAUCCUAGACAUGCUACUUAUUGACAAUGUCCUCAACAACGUGACAGACUUGGUAUUUACUUUCCUUAAAGAAAAAAAGAUCAAGACAGAGACUGAACUGAUAACGAAUCUAAAUUUAUUUAAAGACAGUCACCCUGGACACACCAUUGACAAAAGAGACCUAUACCAACUUGCAGCCACAGCAACAACAUCCAACAACAACAACAAUGAUAAAUACAAAUGGUCUAACACCAAGACUUGUUUCAAUUGUGGGAGAAGAGGUCACGUGAAAAACCAAUGCAAAGCUCCCAUAAACUACAAUAACAAUUAUAGGUACAGAAGCUACACUAAUUUCUACAACCCAAACAGCUAUAAGCACAAUAAUAAUUACAAUAAUAGACCAUAUAGACCACACCAGAGUGCAAGUCCCAAUGAAAGAAGAAAUUUUACAAACAGUUACCAACACAAUAACUAUAAUAGAAACAACAGACAAUCUAGAAGGGACCAAUUUAACUACCACACAAACAACCACCCAAACAACUACAAUAGCGGAAAUAGAAACAAUAGAAACAACAAUGGCAAUAACACCAACACCCAUAGAGAGGAAAAUGUAGCCUAUAUGCAAUCAAAUAAGUCCAAAAUAAAAGUCUUUCCAUCCUAUGUCAAUUCUAAAGAAGUAGGAUCAAUUCGUGACAGUGGAGCCACGGCAAUAAUAGUUAAAGCCUCUUUAGUUGAACCAGGACAGUAUCUGGAAGAUACAGUAAAAGUGACCUAUGCAAACAUACAAAAAUGUGAUAUUUGCAAGACCGCUAAAGUCCUAAUAGAAUCACCCUGGAUUACAGGAGAACUAGAAGCCAUAGUCAUGGACACCCCAGCACAAGAUCUAAUAAUAGGCAAUGUAGAAGGUGUAAAAGAUCCAACACUAGAAGAAGUUAUGCAAUGGGCGGAAGAUAGACAAAAGUAUUCCCUAUUCAAACAUGAGGCAUUAUUAGUUGAAACUAGAUCACACAAAAAAAUAACACCAGAAAUAGAAUGCCCCACUGUAUUACUUAAUGAAAUAGGCAUAACUAGGGAGGAACUAAUAGCUAUGCAGAAAAAUGACACCACAAUACAAGACCUCUUAAGCAAAGAUUAUAACAAGAUAAAUUUAAAUAACCACCAUAUAGAAAUUAACAACUUAGCCAUUAGAUACAACAGGAAAGAAAACUGUACUAGACUUCAAAUCCUGAUCCCUAAAACUUUAAGAGCUAAAAUAUUAAAUAUGGCACAUGAUGACCCCACAGCAGGACACUUAGGAAAAAAAAAAGUAUAUACUAAGAUAGCCAACAAAUUCUUCUGGCCAAAGAUGGGAAAGGACAUUAAGAACUAUAUGUAAACAGUUGCACAGAAUGUGCCAAACAAAAAACAGUGACUAGAGCCCUAUUAGAAAAAUCAGAUAAAUCUCACUAUUUUUGGGACAAAAUUGCCAUGGACAUAAUGGGACCCCUAACUACCAGCAGUAAAGGGAAUAAAUAUAUUUUGGGUAUCAUUGACAUGUCCACUAGAUGGGCAGAGGCAUUUCCUCUAAAAGAUAUAAAGGCUAUUGACAUAUGUAAUUGUUUAAAAACACUUUUUCUUAAAUUUGGAUUCCCUAAUAAGUUACUGUCAGACAAUGCAUCAAACUUUAAGUCCCACCUUAACCAGGCAUUUGCAGAAAUGACUAACAUCCACCUCGUCCAUAGCACUAUCUACUCACCACAGGGAAAUGGAGUCAUAGAGAAAUGGAACAGAACUGUAAAACAGAUGAUAUAUAAGCUAGAAAGAGACUCAAUGAGUACCUGGGACCAGACUCUUAGCUAUGCUAUAUUUGCCUACAACACUAGCAUCCAUGAAACCACCAAAUUCAGCCCCUAUGAGCUUGUAUUUAACAGAAAACCUAAAGGACCGUUAGAGUUAUGGGCCGACAACAUGUUAAACUUAGAGAACUUAGAACAGUACCAUCCUUUGAUAAUUCAGACCAAACAACAGCUUAGACAAGGAAUAAAACUAGCAGAGAUAAACAUGGACAAAAAUCUAGAAAGGCAUAGGAAAAUAAAAAACAGAAAUAGAAAACUAAGAACACUAAAUGUAGGUGACCAAGUUUUUGUUAAGAUAGAAAACAAACACUGUAAAGAUAAGAAUGAGUGACCAUUUAAAGUUAUGGAGAGAAUUAAUAACAAAGUGUACAUCAUUGAUAAAGAUGGUAGAGAAUGCAAACUCAAUAUUGAUAAACUUGUUAAAUUGGAUAAGAGACAAAUAACUGACACAGAUAUAAUUGAACUUGAUGUAGAAACCAAACACAACAUACAAGAACAUAUAGCAAGCACCAUAAACACCACAAACAACAGUAGUCCAAAUAUUGAAAAUGAUAUGUUACAGAAUUUGACAGUUAAAUAUAGUGAUGUAAUUACACAAAAGCUAGGAUGUACCAAUCUGAUAGAACACACAAUAAAACUCAACAAAGCACUACCAACUAAGACAAAAGCCUAUAGUAUCCCCAAAGCAUACGAGGACCUAGUUAGAACAGAAAUGACCAACUUAAUCAAAGAUGGGAAGAUAGAGAGAUCAGAAACAUGUAAAUAUGCAUCACCCAUGGUCAUUGUAAAAAAGAAAGACAGUGGAGUAAGAAUCUGCUGUGACUUUAGAGAAAUAAACAAAUGCACAAUCAUAGACCCAGAACCCCUACCAGACACUGACAGUAUAAUUACAACUUUAAGUAAAUCAUCCCUAUUCACAACAAUGGACUUAAACAGAGGCUUCUGGCAGAUUAAAAUGGACCCUGACUCUAAGGAAUAUACUGCAUUCAAAUGCACUAUGCCAGGCCUAGAAGGUAUCUAUGUCUGGAAUGUCAUGCCAUUCGGCUUAAUAAAUAGUACAGCCACAUUUCAGAAAUGCAUGUCAAAAUUAUUAGAAGGCAUAAAUAAUGUAUUGUCUUAUGUAGAUGACAUUUGUGUUUUCACCAACUCACAACAGGAACACAUUCAUGUACUAGAGCAAAUAUUUUCAAGACUAAGAACACACAACAUGACAUUAGCCCCCAAGAAAUUAAACCUAGCCAAGCCUGAAAUCCAAUUCUUAGGAUAUUGCAUUACCAAUGACAAAAUCACACCCACUGAAACAAACCUAACAAAGAUUAAAAACAUAAAAGAACCUAGGACUAAGAAAGACAUGAGAUCAUUAUUAGGACUUUGCAACUUUUAUAGAAAGUUCAUUCCAAAUUAUGCACAGAUAAUUGAACCCCUUGUUGAAUUUACUAAAAAGAAGCAUGGAAACACAAUUUGUAUGGAUGAAAAAAGUAGACUAGCAUUAAGCAACUUAAAAGAUAAAUUUAAUGAGAAACUAGAAUUAGCCAGUAUUGACCCAACAUCAACAAUAUCACUAUACACUGAUGCCUCCAACACUGGUAUUGGGGCAUGCUUACUACAGCAAAGAGAGUCAUUUUUUAAGCCAAUAGUACACAUCAGUAGAACACUAUCUGAAACAGAAAGAAAAUACUCAGUGAUUGAAAAAGAAUUAUUAGCCAUUGUAUGGUCAGUUGUAAAACUCAAGAAUUACUUGUUAGGAAGAUUUUUCAGCAUUAAGUGUGAUCAUAAACCAUUACUGGCACUAAAAAGAAAAGAGCUAAAAAAUGACAGGAUAAACAGAUGGACACUCAUUCUCUCAGAUUACAAAUUUGACUUACAAAGCAUUCCAGGACAUGAAAAUGUAAUAGCUGACUUUUUAUCCAGAUACAUAAUACAUGAAAAUGAAGCAAGUGAUAAUAAUGACAUUAAACACAUCAGCCAGGACAUUCUGAUAGAGUAAAUAAGCAGUACAAAUCACUUAGAAACAAGUAGUAGUAGUCAACUAAGUCAAAUUAACAUUCUACACAUUUUUCAAAUAGGUCAUGACACUUUAUUGUUACACUUUUCUUUUGGGUCAUGAUGACAUUUAUGCUUAUGAUCAAUAACAGAUCAUCUAUUUACUCAUUGUAUUUUAUUGUCAACUUGUAAUAUGACAAAUACCAGAUGUGUUUAUUUUGUGUGUAUAUAUUGUACUUUAUUACUGAUCAUGCACAGCAAUGUAAACAAUGAGAUGUAAACAACAGUGAACUACUUGAACUGUUGACCUAAAUUUUUUUUCAUAACUCAAAGAUGUAAAUAUUGUCUAAAAUUUUUUACAUACCUGAAUACUACAAUGAAUGUUUAUAAACAUGGAAAUUUGUUUACUAUUGUACUUCAAUACUACACUCAGACUAUUUAUAGUAGCCUUAUGCAAGGUCAACCUUGAACUGGAUUGACAUGUCUCUAAUUUUUUUUAUUUUUCUUGAUGAUGGCAAAACUUAGAAUAAUAUUUUGACACAGCACAUCACAAUUGCCCCUUCAUAUGUUGACCUAACAAAGUCAAAGUUGCCAAGGAGAGUUGAGUAAAUAGAAGCGCAAAAGUUUCAUUUAUUAACUUUUAAAGCAAUAACACAGUUGAAUGUUCAAGUAUCCACCAGACAGAUGAAUGUUCAAGUAUCCACCAGACAGAUGAAUGUUCAAGUAUCCACCAGAUAGAUGAAUGUUCAAGUAUCCACCAGACAGUUGAAUGUUCAAGUAUCCACUAGACAGAUGAAUGUUCAAGUAUCCACCAUUUCAUUAAUUAUCAUAUUUCUCUUUUAGGAAAAUGUUUCUGUUUUCACUUUAUUUUAUUUUGUACCAGUCUAUUAUUUUGUACCAUUAAAAAUUUAUAUUUUAUGUUAGUAAAAAAGAUGUUUGAAAUUUUGUAGCAAAAUUUAAAAAAAAAAUCUCCUCUAUAUAUAUUAAAAUAGUAAUUUACUCAACCUUGGAAUCCUAUCACUGAACUGGGAAAGCUAGCUUUGAUUGUUUUUGUUGUUGUAAAUAUCCAUAUGGAUAGUGUGUAUAUUAUGCAAAGGUUGAUUAUUAGCUGUUAAGGUUGGAAUUUUCCUUUUUUUAAUUUUUACAUGAUUUCAAUGUUAAAUACCACUGUAGUUGUCUUUCUGAUAAUGAUGCUAUGAUGUGGUCUUGGUAUAUUUUUUCUGUGAUUAGAUGUUGUAACAUAUAGAUAUUGACAAUCUACAAAGUUUAUAUACAACCAAGUUCAUACAUUAAUCUAUUUCACAAUCAUACAAACUAUAAACUGCGUAAAGCUUUUGUUAUUAUUAAAAAUAUAAACUGUAAAGUAUUGGAUGCUAAAAUGCAUUUGAAUUGAUUCUUCCCGAGCUAUACUUUAUUGCUUCUUCAUUUUGUGUGUGCACAAUCUAUUGAAUUAAUAAUGUAAUUUUUUGUGAGAUGAUUUGUGUUGGUCACAUGUAUAAGUCAUUAGUUUCUAUCAUGAUUUUUUAAAAAGUAUUUGUGUAAAACCACAGAGGUUUCAUUAAAUUUGUACUUUAUUAAUUUUUUAUUUUAAAUUUUUGUUAAGUUUUAAUUUUACUUACAAGCUGAAUUUGUAUACAUAGCUAUGAUUUGAUUUGAUGGAAUUCUUCUUUUUAUAAAAUUUUACAUGGUCUAAGGUUUUUGAGUUCAUUGAAGCUUUUUUUCAAAACUGUCUGAAGAGUUGAACUGAAGGCUUGUGAAACAAUAGGCCAGCAAAAAAUAAUUAAAGCUUCCUCUCACCAGCCUGACUGAAAUGAUUUUUCUGUCUGGAAGAGAUCCUACUUGGUGUCUGUAUCACACUACUAUUUCCAAUGCUUCAGAAGCUCCAGACACGGGGGCUAGAGAUUGGCAGACUGCUAAGCACACCAAGAACUCCUGCCAUCUUCCUGCUCUUUACCACACUCAACAAUCCCCAUUGCAUUUGUGAAACAGAAUGUUGGGAUUGUUGACAUGGUCAUAAAGACUCUCUUCCCAACCAAGACUUGAGCAAUGCUUUUCCAUUCCUAAUGAAGUCUUGUUUUCUUACUUCCUUGAAGCCUAAUUGUUUUGACCCAGGGGUGGGGGGGCACUAUGUUGUAGACUGGGAUGUUUGCUUUCUGACAGCAUUGUAGAAUAAUUAUAUUGUAAUAAAAUAUUUUUCAAAUAAAAAAAUUAAAUGAAACAAAACCUACAUCUUGGCUAUUAAAAUCCAGGUUAAUACUGCUAUUUGUUAUAUAAUGUAUGUGUCACUGUCAUGAGAUGUAUACAUUGGAUGCUUACAUAAACAUUGGUUUUGUGAAACAUCAGUCAAUUGUAUUUAUGACCCUACUCUAAAUGGCCUAGAAUGUUGAACACAAGAGUACCAGUUCAAUGUUAGAGAAAAUAAUAGUAAGUAGGGGAGACAAUAAAAGAGUUUUAAUAUGUUC